AUGGAAAAUUUGAGAAAAGAUUAUCGGGCCAGGGUACGCGAAGAUCUCCUAACAGAAGCUGCCUCGGACACUAAUAAGGUCAAAUUUUUCCAGGAGCAGUUCCAGGUCAGUCAAGGUUUUCGUUUAAUAGUACGUGAUACGUGAUGAUUAUAAUUUUGGAAACACCUUGAUUGCUCGUACGCUGUCACUAUCAUCAGUUAGUGAUGGAACGUUAAUUCUUGAAUUACGUAGCCAGUUUUGUCAAUCUGAGCUUUUGAUCAAUAUAUGCGGUGGGAUAAUUUAGCCCUGAGAAAAGUGAGGUUACUGCCAAAGUUACUUCGUUAAGUCAACUUUAACCGUGUGUUUUCCUUUUUUAAGCUCUGACGUACUCAUAAGCUUAGAAUAAUAUUAGUGACGUAAACAAAUGAAGGGGUUUGUAAAUUACUAUAUAAACAUAAUGUAGGAUGACGUUUUGGCCUUCAUAUCCGAACUUCUUCAUCCUAUGUUGUAUUUUAGAGGGAACAUUUACACAAACGAAAGAUUGAUGUAUUUACCGGGCAACUUGAAAUCUUAGUGACAUCCCUGAAUAUUAUUGUCAUUGGACAGCAGCUGGUCAAUGAUCUCCGACUGAAAAUUACCAGCAGAGAAAGUAUGAGUUUUUCUUUCCAGUUCUUUCAUCUAAGGAGUUAAAGGAUGUGUUCAUUUGCACAAAUCAAAGAUAAAAGAUUUUUCCUGAAUAUACAUACAUAUUUUUAAAAAAUAUUCAGUACACAGUGCACUCUGUCACCCACUGCUUGAUUGAUAAGGUCUUAAAACUAAGGUGGGAUUACUAGCCGACAAAAUGGUUGGAAUGACUUUUUGAAAGCUAAUCUCACAGGCAUUUCCUCCUCUCUCCCUCUCCCUCUCUUCCUUCUUAUUUUUUCCUGCUCUCCUACUUCAUCAUCUGACUAGAAACUAGGGCUGGAAACAGUGCCUUCAAAAAUUUAGCUUGAGCUUCUUUCAUGUGGCAGUUGUUUCAAUGGUUGUCUCAUUUGUAUGGGCGAUAUCUUACAACUGUAGGGUUUGUGUUUAUUUGUUGCAGAAGAAGGAUGGAUUGCCAGUAUAUAUGAAAGGCAGAUAUGGAAUUCCUAUGACCAGGUAGUUUGUCAUACUGUCAAGCCUUCUUGAUAUACCCUUCUCACACAGUCACAUGUCAAAAUUUGGGAUACUGAUUAAACAAUUACCAGAGAUAUAAAAAGCAUGAGAAUGACUAGUAGUAGUUCUCAAUUUUGACGCGACUGACACAGGUUUUACAGUGUUUUUAGUUUUUUUUAGUUUGUGUGGGAAAAUUGCCGGUUAGACGGAAAAGUGUGUGGUCCAUGAGCUUUUUUCAUUGAAUAAUCAAAAUACAAUUAUUGUAUUUUGAUCAUUACCCCCCACUUUUCAAACUACUCAUGCACAAAUUAAAGUUUUUUUAAAAUCUGAAAUUGGUGGUGCCAGUAUAUUUUGUGUGCUCAUUCUAUCUCUGGUAUUUUUAGGGUUGCAUUCCAUGACUUUGGCAUGAGAAGGGUCACAUGACCCCCUUAACGGCCUACACAUGCAUCAAAGGGACUCGCCUCCCACACAGGUGUUUUUAGGGGAGCUCGUUUUUCAUCCCUCCCCACAAACGCCUGCUCAGCCGAAAACAACAUUCCUUUCCCAUUGUUUUAUUUGCGUGGUAAGUGACCAAUAAGCAGUUGUGCAAUGUGGUGUUGACAGGCUAAACGUGACUAAAACGUGACCCUAGAGUCACCGUUUUCCUUCUUUUCUCUCCUUCGCUAAGGUUAUGAAGUGCAUGGAGUAUUCUAAAAUUUUACUAAACCUUAUUUUUGCCGCUCUGAAUCUAAGAUUUAUUAGAGGUCACAAAGUUUUUCCAGUCAUUCAUGCAGAUCGAGUAAUUAUCAGAUUACCUUGCGGUCAAGGUCAACUUUCCAGAAUUUGGAAAGUACAAUGUGAUUGGCUAAGCAUGGGAAAGGAAUGUUGUCUUCAGUUGAGCAGGCGUUUGUGGGGAGGGAUGGAAAAUGAGCUCCCCUAAAAACACCUGCGUGGGAGGCUUCAAAGGGACAGGACCAAGAAUAUUUUUUGCUCCCGAAAAUUUCCAUGAUUCUAAAGGAUUCCUGCCGGGGGCACUUUGACUCCAGCUUUUCUGCCAAUCAAAAUUCAAAAUUUCAUGUCAAUCAAAUUUCUUUGUGUAUCAGGCUAACCUAAAAGUAAAGCAGGAAAGGUGUUGAAUGAAUUUGAAAAUUUCAAAGGGUUUAUCUCCUUGAGGUGAAAGAAAGACAGAUACAAACCACUACAGGUUAUUAACAAAUGGAACUGAGCUUACAGUGUUUACAUAUAUACCUCUUCCAUAAUGUCGGCAUAUCAAUAUAUUCUUUUAUAUGUUUGAUAAUUAGCCUUUCUAGCCUUGUUUGAAAGUAAGAAUUUUUUUUUUCCACAUGCUGAUGAGGUCAGAAAGGCUAACUAUCAUACCUAUAAAAGGAUAUAUUAAUACAUGUAGGCUGCCAUUAUGAGUGAGGUCUACACUUUGGCAUUUAAAUGUCUACAUUGUAACAAAGGUCUUCAAUUGCAGAUUUCUGUUUUGGUCAGUUGGGAUUGGCUGCGUCAUCACUGUGGGAGCUAUGGGUCUUAUGGCUACAAACAAUUUGCCCAAAAAGCAGCGCUGAACAAGAUACUGAAACUACAAAGCAGAUCAAAUGCCUAUUUUAUUGACAUUUAAAUGCAGAAAUGUGGCUGCCAAACAAGACAAAAACUUUUAAAUGUCUUAUAAUUUGUUCCCUCUAGGCAUUAUGUGCCAGCUCAAUAAAGACUGUAUAUGUUU